AUGACAGAAGAGAGACAGAACAAGUCUUAUGAAGAAUUUCUGAAUUUCCUACUGAUAUAUAAAAAACACGGUGGAAAAUUGGAUGACGUGGACAGGAAUGGGAACACACCACUUAUGUUGUUUUUGAAACAUGGACUUUACGACUUCGACAACACUCAGGAUAAACUUGUGGAUCUGAGGGACGAGAUAGUGUCACUUCUUGCUUGUGACGGAUCGACUGUAAGAAAACGGAACAACACAGGAUUAUCAGCUAUACACAUUGUCUCGUCAAAAGGAUGGUUAAGCACGAUGAAAAUCCUUGUACAAAAGGGGGCCAACAUUUCCGAGAAGGAUGACAAACACAAUAGAUGUCUUCAUCUUUCCCACAUGGGAGAAAACGGAGCUGAUCCAAAUCAUUAUACAGACGGCGAACCGCCCAUAUUAUUGGCCAUUAAGUCAGGACAUACAGAUAUUGUAAAAUAUCUUAUAGAAAAAGGAGCAAAUUUUCACUCGUGUGAUCGAAAGGAAAAUACUACAUUGCAUAUAGCGUGCGAUUUAAUAUUGAGGACACUGUCAAGAUAUGGACCAUUUGUCGUGUUUUAUACACAAUUACAUACGAGAACUCUCCAGUAA